UCUUAAGAGAUGGAAUCCGAAAACCAGUUAGAAGGCAUUGUGAAAGAGAUCUUUGACGCUCACCAACAACUAAGAAAAGAUCCCAAAAGCUUUAUCCCAGUGCUAGAAAACAUUAAAAGUCAUUUUAAUGAGGACGGAAAGCUACUAGAACUUCCAGGAGCAACUCCUGUAAUGCAUCAUGAAGGAGUCAUUGCAUAUAAUGAAGCUAUAAAGUUCUUGAAAACUCAAAAGCCAGUCAUAAAUGAAUUCUACUUUAAUGACCUGCUUCAACAAUCAGCCAGAGAUCAUGCAAAUGAUAUUGGUCCUAAAGGGAUGACCGGUCAUACAGGCAGUGAUAAGAGCACUUAUGGAGAAAGAAUCGAAAGAUAUUGUAAAUGGGGAGGUGCAAUUUAUGAAAGCAUUGAUUAUUCAAGAUGUGAAGUCACUGGAGAGCAUGUCGUCGCCAAGCUAAUCGUUGACGAUGGCAUUAAGUCAAGAAACCAUAGAAAAGUUAUCUUCCAGGCUGACUACAAGCAUAUUGGUAUUGCAGAAGCAGACCACACAGAAUUCGGAAGAGUCAUUGUUAUUGACUAUGGAGCUCAAAUUAUCUCUCAUAAAGAUUACGAGGAGAUGCAGAAGAAGCCUACUAUUGAAGAACUUAAAAAGGAAGCUUCUGUUGAUAUCAGUAAAAUAAGCUGGCCUGAAGUUUCAAGGAAAAUUGCUGAGGAAAUAAAUAAAGUGAGGAAAAAUCCUAAGCAUUUAAUCAAACAAAUGGAAAGAUCUUUAAGCAUGUUCAAGAAAUACAAAAUCCUAUCUGUCCCUGGAAGAGAAACACGAGAAUUUAAAGAAGGAGCUCCUGCAUAUAUCGAAGCUAUUGAGUUUUGAGAUAAACAAACACCUGUAAAAGAAAUAAAAAUAUCUCAACAUUUAAAGAAAGCAGCCAAAGAUCAUAUCAAAGACCUCGAAGAAACAGGAAAGUUAGCACAAAUUGGUAGUGAUGGAAGCACUCCCAAAGAUAGAAUGGAAAGAUACACUGGAGUUGAUGGUCUCUGGUCUGAAAAUCUCAUCUUUGGUGGUUUCAAGCCUCGAGAAAUUGUUGAGUAUAUGCUCGUUGCUGAUGGUGAUAGAAGCAGGGGUCUUCGUAAAAAUAUAUUCAACCCUAAGCUCAAGUUAAUGGGUGUUGCAUGUGGGCCCCAUCCUGCAUCAGGCUCUGUCACAGUUGUUGAUUUCGUGACCAAAGAAAUCGGAGUUGGUGAGAUGCCUUCGAUUCAGAUUGAAAGUACUGAUGAAAUACCUGAAGAACUGCAGAAGAAACUCGACGCCAUGGGUAUCGGUCACAAAGUCACAGUUGCUAAAGGUAAAGGCACAACUGUCACAUCUGUCAAAGAACAGGAAGUUGUCAACAAGAAUGGUCAGACUGAAACGAACACAAAAACCCGGCCUUGGACAGCUCGUCCGACCAAAGCCAAAUCAGCUGCACUUGAAACCAAACGCACCACUAAGCCAAAGCCAGCACAGAAGAAACCAGAAAUUCCAAAGUUCGGUAGAAAGAAAGCCAACACACUCUCCAAAGCUCAGGGCAGUGCAGCUCCGAAAGCUGCACAGACUCCGCAGCCUGCGAAGCUUAGAAAAGGAGUCUCAGCGAGGCCUGGUGUUGGAGUGCCCACAUCAAAUAUCAAGAGGCCUGCUGCUCAGGCUAGAAGAGGCACCGCUAAAAAGCCAGGCACAGCUGUGACACGUAUUGAAGAGUCCAAGUAUGAGCAGAUGCCUGACAAAGUCAAGCCCGAAGACCUUGAAGUGUUCAGUGACUACUCAUACGACAGAGACACAGAUGUCGAUAAGCCAGAGGGGUUGAAGAAGGUGACCUGAACCACACAGAUCUUGGAAAAGGAUGAGAAAAGGGAGAUGAUAAUACGCAAGCAGUACUAUUUGGAAGAUGGAACAGAGCUGAGAGUGAAGAGCAUCCUACCUGUCAAGAAGAGAGAUAAGGUUUCUUCUGAGUAA